AUGGGUUGGUGAUCUAUACGCGUACACGUGUGUUAGGCCGGAAGUUGAGUUGUGACCUCGUGUUUGAAUCGGAGCCUUUUGCUGGGUAUUAGUUGGGAAGAGGAACCAGUAUAUUACCACUAUCAGAGCCUCCCCUGUUCUUCAACUUCACUCCACUCUUCACUUGCUUCGACCUUUGAGUAUAGAUUGUUAAUACCCAUCUAGAGAGAAGUAAGUAUAUCAUCCCCCUGCUCUACAACUCCACUCCCAUCUUCAACUGCUUCCACAAUUGGGUAUAGAUUGGUAAUACCCAUCUAGAGAGAAGCAAGUAUAUUACCACUAUCAGAGCAUCCCCUCCCCUGCUCCGCAACUCCACUUUCAUCUUCAAUUGCUUCCACAUUUGGGUAUAGAUUGGUAAUACCCACCUAGAGUCAAGAAAGUAUAUUACCACUAUCAGAGCACCCCCUACUCUGCAACUCCAUUCCCCAUUUUCAAUUGCUUCUCACAUUUGUGUAUUUAUACCCACCUAGAGAGAAAAAAUGGUUGCAGGAACAGCAACGAUGCAUCAAGAUGGUGCGACGGGUCUUCCUCCUCCUGUCAAGAGUGAUUUGUGCAUUGGAUCUGCAGAUCCCCUGAAUUGGGUGCGGGCAGCCAAGGCUAUGGAAGGGAACCACUUGGAGGAAGUAAAGAACAUGGCGCGUUCGUAUCUGGAGUCCGGGGAGGUCUGCAUUGAAGGGAAAUCUCUCACGAUUGCAGAUGUUGCAGCCAUUGCGAGGAGGCCCAAGGUCCGGGUGAAGCUGGAUGCGGAGGCCGCAAAGCCCCGGGUGGAGGAAAGCUCGAAUUGGGUGAUGAACCAGAUGUGCAAAGGCACGGACACGUAUGGAGUGACAACCGGGUUCGGAGCCACCUCUCACAGGCGCACCAACCAGGGAGCCCAGUUGCAGACCGAGCUCAUUCGCUUUCUCAACUCGGGUGUCCUGUUGGAAGGGACCCUUCUACCCGUGGACACCGCCAGGGCGGCCAUGCUGGUCCGGACCAAUACUCUGAUGCAGGGCUUCUCGGGCAUCCGGUGGGAGUUGCUAGAAACUGUGGAGAAGCUGCUCAAUGCAGGAAUCACCCCGAGGAUGCCCCUGAGAGGCACCAUUACGGCCUCUGGAGAUCUCGUUCCGCUCUCCUAUAUCGCUGGCCUGCUCACAGGUCGACCCAACUCGAAGGCCACCACACCCGACGGGUGUGUAAUCACGGGUCUCGAAGCCCUCCGGCGGGUCGGCGUGGAAACGCCCUUCCAACUUCAGCCAAAAGAGGGGCUCGCCAUUGUUAAUGGCACGUCUGUUGGGGCUGCCCUUGCGUCCAUUGUGUGCUUCGAUGCAAACGUUCUGGCCGUCCUGGCAGAAGUCACAUCCGCCAUGUUCUGCGAAGUCAUGAAUGGGAAACCGGAGUAUACGGAUCCCCUGACCCACAAGCUCAAGCACCACCCGGGCCAGAUGGAAGCCGCCGCUAUCAUGGAGUACGUCUUGCAUGGAAGCUCGUACAUGCAACAUGCCGCCAAAUUGCAUGAAUUGAAUCCCCUGCAGAAGCCCAAGCAGGAUCGGUAUGCAUUGCGGACUUCCCCGCAGUGGCUUGGCCCACAGGUGGAGGUGAUUCGGGCGGCAACCCACAUGAUUCAGAGGGAAAUCAACUCUGUCAAUGACAAUCCAGUAAUUGACGUGGCCCGAGACAAGGCUCUUCAUGGAGGUAAUUUUCAGGGUACCCCCAUUGGGGUCUCCAUGGACAAUCUCCGCCUUGCUGUUGCUGCCAUUGGUAAGCUCGUUUUUGCCCAAUUCUCUGAGCUUGUGAAUGAUUACUACAAUGGCGGCCUGCCGUCAAAUCUCAGUGGUGGGCCCAACCCCAGUUUGGACUAUGGUCUCAAGGGGGCAGAGAUCGCCAUGGCUUCUUACACCUCGGAGCUUCUCUACUUGGCCAAUCCCGUCACGACCCAUGUCCAAAGUGCAGAGCAGCACAAUCAGGAUGUUAAUUCUCUGGGUCUGAUUUCUGCCCGGAAGUCUGCAGAGGCAGUGGACAUUCUAAAGCUCAUGCUGUCAACAUACCUGAUUGGGAUAUGCCAAGCUGUGGACUUGCGCCAUCUGGAGGAAAAUAUGCAGGCGACUGUGAAGCAGGUUGUGACCCAGGUAGCAAGGAAGACUCUGAGCACUGGCCCGAAUGGAGAGCUUUUACCAGGGCGAUUCUGUGAGAAAGAUUUGCUUCAGGUUGUGGAUGCAGAGCCCAUUUUCAGUUACAUCGAUGACCCCUGCAGCGCUGGGUAUUCCCUGAUGAAAAAGGUCAGGCAGGUCUUGGUGGAGCACGCUUUCAAGAAUAGGGAUGCAGAAAAGGAUCCCAAUACUUCCAUUUUCCAACGGAUUAAUCUCUUUGAAGCUGAGCUCAAGACCCAAUUGGAGUCUGAGGUUAAUGUGACAAGGGCUAAUUUUGACAAAGGGGCAAGUGCAUUGCCUAACCGGAUCCAGGAAUGCCGAUCUUUUCCCCUGUAUGAUUUCUUGCGAAACCAGGUUGGCGCCUCAUUUUUGACCGGAACUCGCACGACAUCGCCUGGUGAGUGUAUCGAAAUGGUGUACGAUGCCAUUUGCCGGGAUCAAGUCGUGGGCCCUCUUUUGAAAUGCCUGGACGGGUGGAAGGGUACACCUGGUCCCUUUUGAACAAUCUACCAUUGGCAAGAAUAAUGUUUUGGAGCUCCUCUACUUAGAAGUUGAGCUCAAAGAUCUCUUUAAUGUCUGCUUUGGCACUAGGUGUCUUUGGCUUCCUGUUUUUACUUCCCGACUGAUCUACUGGAGAUGAAAGCAUCGUUCUAGAUCAUUUGGCCAUGCGUGUAAAUGUUGAUCAAAUUAUGCAGGUUUUUUCUUUGAUUUCAAGGCUGAAUCUUGGCAUGUUUUACUGUAUUGACUUGUUAUUAAAUGAUUGAAAUGAGAGGAUUUCAAUGUUGUCUCAGGGAUCA